GUCGGUGUCGGAGUUGCAGGCCCGCCCACCGAGCCUGGCCCGGGGCCCGCCGACUGACUUCGUCCCUUCCAUCCUUCGUCUGGGCGACGUCGAGAUAGCUACGCCGGCAAAGGCUUUUGGCGGCGUGCCGUAUCUGCGUAAGCAAUGAUGAUGCGCAGCAUAGUGGCGGCGUGCCCUUAACUCUUUUUUUUGUUGUUACUCGAUCAAACUCGCGCCUGCGGCCCCGUCGCGCCCUCUCAAUGCCAUCGAGUAAUGGAAAUCCGGCGCCACGAUACCGCUCUUUUCCUCUUGCGGCCUGGCCCGCUGGCCCUUCUAGCGCUUCCAAUACUUUUGCUUUGCCCCAUUACCCUGCCUCGUCAGUUGCCGACGCGGCUAUCGGAUACUAGGGUUACUGCUUAUCGGACCCCCUUCUGCUGGUAAUAAUUAGCAUGGCCCGAGAGUGCUGCCAAUGAUGCACCUUGCUACGGCUGC